UUUCUAUUCUUAUUUUUUUUUCUUCUUGUUUUUCCUUGUAGCUUAAUCCACAAUGAGAGCUGGCUUUUUCUUUUAGCUCUCUUCUGGGGUUGGAUGAGAAAACCAUUGCCAAGAAACAAGUACUACUCCAGGAUUCCAUCAAAGUACGGAAGAAUUAGGGUUUCCAAGGGAUGAAGAAACGUCAAGUGGUGCUGAAAAGUGGAAGAAGUUCUAGUACUUCAUCUUCAGUGAUUAGAAAUGUGAGAUAUGGGGAGUGCCAGAAGAAUCAUGCGGCGAACAUCGGAGGAUAUGCCGUUGAUGGCUGCCGGGAGUUCAUGGCAAGCGGCGAGGAGGGAACAACUGGGGCUCUAACCUGUGCUGCUUGCGGUUGCCACAGGAACUUUCACAGAAGGGAAGUAGAAACUGAGGUGGUCUGUGAGUAUACUCCACCUAAUUCUUAAUCGUCGAUAUAGCUAAAGAACACAAAAAUAGGGUAAAAAACGUCAAUAUAUAUGAAUCAAUUUAGCUGAUUGUUGCUUGUAGAUUAAUGUUGUACUGGAUUCUUAUCAUGAAAGAAUCUCGAACUUCAA